AUCUGAUAAACAUUAUUGAUAAUAUUUCAAUUUUAUCAAUUUUAUUAAUUUUAAUAAAAACAAGUGAGCUCUAUCAAAGGCUCGACACCAAAUAAUUUCUAGAAAAUAUAUGGCAGUAUUUUGAGUGUUGAUAGUUUAGUGAAAACAGUGAUAAUACAACAAACAGUGCAUGCAGGGAAAAUAUGUUGUUCUGUAGGGUGAAACGAGAACGAGGUACGAGUGUGUUAAACGAAGACACAUACGAUGACGAAAUCGAUGAAAAGAGGCGAUCGGGGAUUAUUUCGAAAUCCAUCGGCACGGCCACGUAUGAAGUGGAAACAGCUGAUGUAAAAACUUAUCCGAAAACUAAAGAGGAAGAAAAUCAGAUUAGAGCUGCAUUGGAACAAAACGAAUUCCUAUCAAAUGUACUCAAAAAUGACCGGUACCAAAGGUUUAUCGACUGCAUGUAUAACGAAAAGGUGCCUUUAGGGGAAGAGCUCAUUAAAGAAGGUGAUUUUGGAGCUCACGUGUAUAUUUCACGUACAGGUACAUAUGACAUAUUGAUCCAAAACCAAAGCAUAACUACAUUCAAAGACGUCAGAGUAUUUGGAGAGCUGGCAAUCCUUUAUUCAGCCAAACGCCAUGCCUCUAUCAGAGCAGUCGAUAAUAACUGCUCCGUGUGGGCAUUAGAUUGCAAGACCUUUAAGAUACUCAGCAUUAAAACUGCUUUAGAGGAACAAGAAGAAAUUGCGUCUUUUCUGCAAAACGUACCUGAAUUAGGCACUGCUCCCAUUGAAAAGUUGUACCAAGUGGCGAAUCUCUUAGAGUUAGAAUUUUUUAAAAGUGGUACUGAAAUUGUUAAACAGUGUGAGUUAGGAAAUAAGUUUUAUAUUAUACGAGCUGGGACAGUUACUGUAGAAAAGGAUAAUGAAAAAGUAACAGAGUUGUCUAGGGGAAGAUACUUCGGAGAAGUAGCUCUCCUGAAGGAUGAAUUUAGACAAGCCACAGUAAGAGCUGAUCCUCCCGGUGUUGAAUGUUUAACCUUAACCAGGGAACACUUUAUAGAGCAUUUCGGCAAUAUUCAUGAGUUCGUAAGACUGAAGAGUGAAGCUUACACAGCAACAGAGAAAUUAUCAGACAUUCCAAAUAUAAAUUUGGACGAAUUCAACGUUAUACAAACGUUAGGGCUAGGAGCGUAUGGAAGAGUACAGUUGAUUCAACAUAAUCGACAGAAAAAUCUGGUCUUUGCCCUAAAGUAUAUCAAAAAAUCCGAAAUUCGAAAGAAAACACACCAAGAUCAAGUGUAUAAUGAGAAAAAUUUGCACACUUCUUGCAAUUCUCCUUUUAUAACUAGAAUGUACAGAAGCUUCAAAACUAGCAAAUAUAUUUAUUUUAUUUUGGAGGUCGGAUUAGGAGGCGAUCUUUGGAGUUUGUUACAUUCCCAGAAAUUAAAGAGGUUCGAUGAAGACAAAGCCAAGUUUUAUGCAGGUUGUGUUUUGGAAGGCCUAAGCUAUCUCCACGCCCUUGGAAUAGUUUACAGGGAUUUAAAACCAGAAAAUAUCAUUGUGCAUCAUAAUGGAUAUCUCAAGUUAGCUGACUUGGGUUUUGCCAAAAAAACUGAUGCUAAAGAGAAGACAUUUACUUUUGUAGGUACCGCGGAAUACGUAGCCCCAGAGAUAAUCCUCAGCAAAGGCUACAACAGAGCUGUGGACUACUGGGCCUAUGGCGUAUUCGUUUACGAACUUCUUGUAGGUAAAACACCUUUCAGAACCAAUGAUCCCGGUCAUAUGAAUACUUACAAGCUGAUUCUGAAAGGGAUAGAGUUUGUACUUUUUCCAGAGUACGUAUCAGGAACUGCUAAGAAUCUUAUAAAAAAGCUUUGUACGCAAUCGGUUUCAGACAGGUUGGGUUGCCAGAAGUCUGGAAUUCAGGCCAUCAAAAAGCAUCUGUGGUUCGGUAGCUUGGACUGGAACAAACUUUGUCGUCUCGAGGUGGAGCCUCCAUAUAGGCCAACGUUAAACGACAAUGUUGACACAAGGUACUUUGAGAAGUUCCCGGAUGACAAAGAUGUACCUCCAGAUGAUUUUUCUGAUUGGGACAAAGACUUAUAAUAAAAUUGUAUAAAAUUAGACAAAUAUUAAAAUACAAAAUUAUAAAAGACAAAUAAUAAAAUUGUAUUAUAGGGCAGUCAAUGAGGUUAUUUGACCGAAUUCCAUCCUACUACAUCGAUUUACUUGAUAUUUUCACAAUAAGUAGAGAAUAGCUCAAGAAAAAAAGUCUACCCUAUGUGGAUGUGCGCUUUUAUCUUAGGGGUGGUUCCCACUCCUUCUCGGGGGUGUAAAAUUUUUUGGUUGAAAUAACUACGGAAGUGACUAGAGAUCCUAAUUCUAAGCAAAAACUGUUCAAUAAUUUUUUUUUGAAAACUCAAUAAUUUUUGAGUUAUUCGUGGUUGAAAAUUGGCUGUUUUCAUUGAAAAAUGACACUUUUUCUGGCGGUUUUUUGCGAAUACCUAAAAAUCUAUGCAUCUAACGAAAAAAACUAUACAAAACAUUUUUGUAGCUUAUAAAAAACAAAGAGAUUCCUUCCUUCAUAUAUCUUCUAGUUAUAUUACAAAAAGAGAUAUGGUAGGUGAGAAGAGUUUGUUUUUUUGGUGCAUACUGAAAUCGGUGUAAGUAUUCAACUUGAAAUAAAAGAAAAACGGUCGAUUUUAGUUGUAUGUAUAAUGCUACGAAUACCUUUUGUAGUGAUUGAAAAAGACCUUUAGAAUGAGCCACAUUAAAUGUCGAUUACAUUCAAAGUAAGCAAAAAUUGAUGACUAAUGGAAUUAAAAAAAAAUGUGAAGUACAUUUAACCAGUCAUCCAUCAGAAUUUAAAUGCAUCGUUUCCUUCUAUAAUACUUUUUAUUAUAGUGUUAUUUCUAUGUUAAAAAAGUUGGACGGGUUUAAAAUGGAUAGUUUAAAAAAAAAAUAAGAUCAAAUUAUAGAGCGCAUUUUUAAAAUUUUUUAAGAAUCUUCCUUUUUCUCCAUGUAACUCGAAAAUGAUACGGGAUACGAAAAAAAGGUACCACACAAAAAUGUAGGAUUUUGUUGAGUAAAAAUUUUGUUUUGUUUCAUUAUUGUAUUUCUUAUCAUUUUGAAGUUACAUGUAGAAAAAGAAGAUUUUUAAGGAAAUCUAAAAAUGCGCUCUAUAAAUUGAUCUUAUUUUUUUUCAAAAACCAUUCAUUUUAAACCCGUCCAACUUUUUGAACCCUAUAAUAAAAGGUAUUGUAGAACUAAAAGGAUGCAUUAAAAUUCUGGUGGAUGAGAGCUUAAAUAUACUUCUCAUUUUUUCUUAAAAUACAUUAAUCAUCAAUUUUUUGCAGUAUAUCUCGCUUAGUUUGAAUGCAAUAUACAUUGAGUAUUGCUCAUUUUAAAGAUCUUUUUAAAACUACAAAAGGUGUUGGUAACAUUAUACACCUAAAAUCGACCGUUUGUCUGUUACUUCAAGUUAAAUACAACGAUUUGAGCAUGCACCAAAAAAAAACAAACUAUUUUCACCUACCAUAUCUCUUUUUAUAUUAUAACUAGAAGAUUUAUGAAGGAACUAGUGUCUUUAAUUUUUUAUAAGCUACAAAAAUGUUUUAUAUACAUAGUUUUUUUAGUUAGAUGCAUAGUUUUUAAGAUAUUUGCAAAAAACCGUUCGAAAAAGUUUCAACAAAAUGGCCAAUUUUCAACUACGAAUAACUCAAAAAAUUUUGAGUUUUCAAAAAAAAAUUAUAGAACAGUUUUUGCUUACAAUUAAGUUCUCUAGCAACUUCCGUAGUUAUUUUAACCAAGAAAUUUUUUACUCCCGAGAAGGGGUGGGAACCACCCCCAAGAUAAAAGCACACAUCGGCAUAGGGUAGACCUUGAAUUAGGAGAUAAGUAGAGGCUAUCCCCAAAAUUUCAUUAAAAUCCAUGCUUCUUCUUCUUAAGGUGCCGAGACCGUUUGUCGAUCGUUGGCUCUCAUGUUGCCCAGCAUAUUAACAAUCAUUGUCUUAUUUACAGCCGCACGAAAUAGUUCAGUGCUAGUUUUCCCAAACCAUUGGCGUAGGUUUUUAAGCCAAGAAGUUGUACGGCGGCCCACACUUCUUUUUCCCAUUAUUUUACCUUGCAUGACAAGGUGAAGUAUGUCAUAUUUUUCUGGGUGACGCAUUAUAUGACCAGAGUAUUCCAAUUUGCGCCUUUUAACCGUGUUCACUACUUCGCAACUUUUAUUCAAACGUUGCAAAACCCUUUCGUUUGUGACUCUUUCUACCCAACUGAUCUUCAGAAUACGGCGGUAGACCCACAUCUCAAAUGCUUCUAGGUUUUUUAAAAGCGAUUCUGUCAGGGUCCAUGCUUCAACCCCGUAAAGUAGUACUGGGAAUAUAUAACAUCGAACCAUUCUUAUGCGAAGUUCCAAAUUUAGAUCAUGACUGCACAGGAUUUUCUUAAAUUUCAUAAAACUUGUUCUUGCUUUGGCAAUUCUACUUUUUAUUUCUGUACUAGGCUUUCCAGCUUUCAUUAAUAUGAGUACCCAGAUAUACAAUAUUACUUACUCGUUCAAUUGAGUCAUUACCGAUUGUUACGUUAUAGUUAUUAUUAUUUACGGCUGCCUGUUUACUAAUAACCAUAAACUUUGUUUUUCUUGCGUUGAGUUUGAGUCCAUAUGUCGCGCAAAAUGCCACCAUUCGGUUCAAUAACGCUUGAAGAUGUUCAAUUGAUCCUGUCAGUAACAAGGUGUCAUCUGCGUAUCUGAUAUUGUUCAUAAGCAUACCAUUAAUCAGUAUUCCCUCUUUUGCGUUUUACAACACUUCAAUUAAGAUUGUUUCAGAGUAAAGAUUAAACAACAUUGGUGACAAUAUACAGCCUUGUCGAAAAUCCAUGCAGUAGGAUAGAAUUCGGAGGUAAUAUCCUAUUUUUGCUCCCAUUUACUGGCAUAUUACUAUAUGUUUUAAAUUAUAAUAGAAAAACUAAACCAUUGGAAACAAUGUUUUCAUCAUUUGUCUUAAAUAUGUAUGAAUUUAAGGGCGUAGGCGCAAAAUCUUGGUUUAAAUGCAUUAAUUUUUUUCGAAUUCUGAGAAAACUAAUAAAUCUUUUUAAAAAAUUUAAACGCAGAAUGAAAGAUUACAUUAUUACUGAGGGCCGAAAGUCUCUUAGAAUAAACAAAAAGUUUCUUUUGAAUGAAAUAUUCACACUAAAUUUUCUCUUUUUUUUUGACCCCUGUAACUUAUUAAAAUAAACAUUAUAGAAGUUUUCAGGGACUAUCUGCCCUCGGUAAUAAUGCAAUCUUUCAUUCUGCAUUUAAAUUUUUCGUUCAAAAAUACCUAUUAGUUUUCUCAGGAUUCGAAAAAAAUGAAUGCAUUUACAUAGCAUUGGACCAAGAUUUUGCGCCUACCCUCUUAAGAUGUUGAUCUUAGAACGUUCCAUAAAUACUCGAUGUUGUUGAGAUCAGAACUGUUGGGUGACCUUGGAAAGUCUGCUCCAUCUACUUUAGAAAACUUUAGAAUACAACAGCACAUCUUGAAAUAUUAUCUUGAAUUACGACAGGACGUGGACGGCAUGUGCCGUAGAACAAUAGACGACGCACGUCCCCGUUAUCGCUCCGUUCCGAUGUACUGUAAAUUAGCUAAUGAUUUUCAUAUGACAUGAUUCUUCAACGAGCCGUCCACGUUCCGUCGUAAGAUAAAUCAGCCUUAAAUCGUACUUUUCAGAUCUUCGAUAAUCUUACUUUCAUUCCUUUCGAUAUGAUUUUCAAAUAUUGUUGAUACCUUAAAUUGUUUCCAGGAGCUAUAGGUCUGGAUCCCGCGUACCAAAAAAAAGUUGAUUAAUAGCAAGCUGAAAAUUUGUUAAUAGCUUAAGAGUGUCCAGUCGGACAAACUUUGAUAAAUUGGAACACUGGAAAGGGGAGUUUUAAUUGUGGAACAGGUUAAAAAUUUGGAACGUCAGACUACGAAAAUGUCAGAUGUAUUUUGUCCGACAGAACUUCCAAUUAAUUUGUUACCCUUUCAUUAAACUCGCAUGCAAAAAUCAGACUGCUAUUACUAAACAACAUGAUUCCUGUCAUUUGACAUGUUCUUCGUGUUCCACUCAUUAAAAUGCCCAGUUGGUGAUAAACACCAGCCAGAUUUUUGCACGAGAGUUGAAUGAAAGUGCAACAAAUCAAUUGGAAGUUCUGUCCGACAAAAUACAUCUAACGUUUUCGUAGUCUGACGUUCCAAAUUUUUAACCUGUUCCACCAUUAAAAUUUCCUCAGUUCCAGUGUUCUUGUAUAUCAAAGUUUGUCCGACUAGACACCGUUAAGCUAUUAACAAAUUUUCUGCUUGCUAUUAAUCAACUUUUUUUUCUUAUGCGGGAUCCAGACCUAUUAGUACCUUUUUUAAAAUAGUUUUAAUUAGAGGAAUUUUUAGAAAAAAAUAUAAACAUUGUGUAUUUUCAUAAGUAUUUAAGUUAUUCUUGUAAAUAUAUAAUAAAAAAUACGUUAAGACUA